AUGAUUCUAAUUUUAGAUUUUUUAUUUAUAGGAUAUCUGUCACAUUUUGUGCAAGGAAAUGAUCAAAGCCCUCUAUUAUUAAGUGAUAAAUCUCAAUCAUUUUUGAUAAACGGUCAAUCUUACUCUGACUCAAGUUUUUCUAUGCUAGAUUAUGGAAUUGAGCCUACUCCAAGUAAAUUCACAGAUAUAGAACCAUCAAUAUCUGAUAUAGGAACUCCUUCUCUGGAUAAAUCCAUAGAUAAAUUAAUAAAUAAGGACUCUUUAAUUCAAGAUGGAAGUUUAGUUUCUCUAGAUUUGAACUUAGAUUUGAAUUACAAGAAAUAUGAAAAAUUACCAACAUUAUCAAAUUUACUAACAUCACCUGUAAUGGAACGUAGCUCAGACACAUUAGAAGAAUUAGAUUUUGAUUAUUCACAAGAAAGUCUUAGAAAGGCACCAAAAAGUAUAUAUAAAUCGCAACUAUUCAAGGAUUCUACUUUUAAGAUACUUUGGAAGAAUGGAAUUGGUAAUUAUAUGAAUAUUCUUUUAAGAUUUGGUUUACUUGUUGCCAUUGUUGAAGAGUUUAACUUUUUUUUCAAACAAUAUCUAGAUAGUAAUAAAUGCAUAGUACCAACUUCCUUACUAAGAAAUAAACCUUGGUCAGUAAGUAGAUGUAUAUCUGAAAUGAAUUUGGCUAACGAAUUAUUAAGUUCCACUUUAUUUACUGGAAAUAAGGAUAAAAUAUUCAAUAUAUUUUGUUCUUCUAUUAAAGAUGAAAAUUCCAAGUUUUUACAUAAUUGGAAAGCUGAGAUAACAAAUGCUAUUAAGUCUAUUCAAGCUAUAAUAGCUAGAAAUAUUACUGCAAAAUCAAAAAAAACUAUUGAAUCUAGUAUAUCUAGAAAUAUAUCUAAGAAAAAUAUAGAAGUGAAUUUACCUACAGUACCAAAAGUCGUUGUUACAGGUAAUCAAAUUAGGAAAAGAUAUUCAGAUCUAGUGAAAAAUAUAGAGCUAAUCCGCUCUAAAGAAAAAGAUUUGUUUUCAGCAUUGAUAUUUGACAAAAAGAUGGCUAUUUCAAUAACCACAUUAUUCAAACCUAAUAGUAAAGAGGCUGUAGAUCAUUGCAUUACUAUAUUAAAGAAAUCAAAUCCAGUAUUAUUUCGAGAACAUUAUCAACAGUCUAAACUAAUGCAUAUAUGUAAACUAGUUAUGGGAGAUGAACAAGAAAAAAUUUCUUCAGAAAGCCAGAUUUUCACUGAAAAAUUACCAAAACGAAUAGAUAAUAGGUUAGAUUAG